AUGAAGGAGGAACAUCGAAACAUUAACAAGAGGAUUCGAUUCUUCAAAGGGCCUUUGUGUCAAAAUAUCGAGAGCAUCGAGGGAAGGAGUCUCUUCGAACCUUCUGUCUCUAUCCCGAAAGCUAAGGAAUCUUCUGCCUCUUCUUGUUCCUCUAACGAGAAACCUUCGGUGUCCGGAACGGUUGUACGUAAGGAUCGAGCACCUAGCCCGGUUGGGACUCUCUCCCUCUUGAAGAGGAGGAAGAAGAAGAUGGAAGCUCUAGCAUGGGAAGGCGACCUGAAACCUUACGACUGUUUUGUGCAAAGCUUAACUGAGCUUUUUGCCCAAUUUUAUUUGGAUUUGAUAAGAUUCUCUGUAGAAGAAAUUAAUGUUAAAAGGACUUCCUUAAGAACCACUGGAGCUGAAAAGCCAAUACGAAACCACGUCGCAAAUGAUCAGCAUGGGAUCGAGUUGAACCAUGGGUCCCGUCCCGACCAAUUAGACUUGGAGGGGGACAUGAAUGACAUGACUGGUGAGCAGGUGCAAGGUGCUGCUCGCAUUGCCCUCUGGGUCAACCCCAGGUGA